AUGCGGUGUUUCCUGAAAGAUGCUGAUCAGAGGCAAGUUGAAGAUGCGAGGAUCCGCAACUGGGUUUCUGAAAUCAGAGCUGCUGCCUACGAUGCGGAGGAUAUCAUUGAGAUCUUUGCCAGCAAAGUUGAGUUCUUCACAAAGGACAAGGGACUCGUCACCAAAUUGACGUAUUAUCCCUUGAAAAUUGUGAACCUCUACAAGAUAGGUAAAGAGAUUGAGUCCUUACAGAUGAGGGUCAAUGACAUAGAUGAUAGCCGUGAAAAAUACGGUAUAAAAAAUCUUGGAGUGGGAACGAGUACACAUGGAGAAGAGCUUCAACGGCUCCGACGGUCCUCUCCAAUUAGUGAGGACAAGGAUAUUGUGGGCUUCGAGAAGAUAACAAAAUCCCUGGUGGCAGAACUUUUGAAAGAGGACAGAAACCGCCGUGUGGUUUCAAUCAUUGGCAUGGGAGGUGCUGGUAAGACAACUCUAGCCAAAAAAGUUUAUAACCAUGCUGUCGUCAGGGAGAGAUUCAACUGCCGUGCUUGGGUAUGUGUCUCUUCAAGCUACGAUCACAAAAAGAUACUGAGAUCAAUCAUAAAGCAAUUAAAUCCAAAGGAUACAAAGGAUGACAAGCUAUCUGAAAUGUUGGAAAAGAUGGAAGAGGAAGAGUUGGAAGAAAGGCUCUAUCAAGAUCUACAAGACAAAUGUUAUCUUGUGGUACUUGAUGAUGUGUGGAAGGAAGAAGCGUGGGAUUGUCUAUCCAGGAGGGCCUUUCCUGAUGUUGGCACAUCAAGUAGAUUGCUGCUUACAAGUCGCGAUCGGGAUGUUGCCCAACACGCAGAUGCUUAUAGACACCCGUAUGAGUUGAAAACUUUGGGGCUGGAAGACAGUUGGCAGUUGUUCCUCAGAAAGGCCUUAGGCCAUGGGGAUAAUGCUGGGUGUCCUCCCGAUUUGGAAGAAGUGGGCAGAGAGAUUACCAGAAGAUGUGGUGGUCUGCCGCUGGCCAUCACGGUUGUAGGUGGCCUGCUGCUGGCAAAGAAAAAGUUGAAGAGUGAAUGGGAGAAAAUUCUCAACAAUUUCAGCACAUACCUAUCAAGAAGCCAGAGUGGGGUAUCAGCAAUUCUGGAAUUAAGUUAUGCAGACCUUCCUCCCAAUCUGAAAUAUUGCUUUUUGUAUUUGGGUUUGUUCCCCGAAGACUCCGUGAUUUCUGUGCGCAAGUUGAUCCAUAUGUGGGUUGCAGAGGGAAUAAUGCAGAAAAGAGAUGCAAAAAAUUUGGAGGAAACUGCAGCAUAUGAUGAUGUGGAACAACUUUGUAGCAAAAAUAUGGUCCAGGUGGCGAAAAUGACUGUUGAUGAGAGGAUUAAAAGCUGUAGAGUCCAUGAUUUAUUGCGAGAGCUUGCAAUCAGAAAGGCAGAGGAUGAAAAUUUUUUUCAGAUCCAUGACACCAGAGAUGAUAAAAUAUCAGCCAAAUCCAGGUACCUUGCUAUUCAUAUUCUCCCUGGAGAUAAAAAUUAUUUUGGGUCUUCAACCCCUCCUCUCCGGUCUCUACUUUUUUUCAAUGUCCACGAUUACGGGAAAAACAUUAGUCUUAUCUUCAAAAGUUUCAGAAAGCUCAGGAUACUAGACCUCGAGGAUCUUAGGAUGUACUCUAAUUUGCCAAAAGAAAUUGGUAAAGUUAGGCUUCUAAGGUACCUCAAUUUAAGAGGCACACACAUUAGAAGGCUCCCUCAUUCCGUCGGUUGCUUGCGAUACCUACAAACUCUUGACAUACGGAACUUAGAGCAAGUGAUAGUUUCUGAUUUCAUUUGGAAGCUUGAAAGUUUACGGCAUCUAUAUGCGUCUCGUAUGGAAUGUGAUGAGCCUCUUAAGAUUGAAGGAUUGAGAAAUCUCCAGACUCUGUCAGGCAUAUGGUUUGAUGACAUUAUGCACAAUAACAUGAUAACUUUGACAAGUCUUCAGAAACUGGAGAUUAUAGUGGAUGAUAGGUCAGAGAUAGACAAACUGUGCGUGCAUUUAUCUGAGGUUGGAAGCCUAAAGACGUUACAUCUUUAUUGUUAUUUAAGAGACGAGUCACUCGCGCGGCCACAAUCUCUAGCUGGAUUUUCUAAGCUCCAUCAUGUAACACAGCUCAAGCUAUCCGGGCUGCAUUUGAGAAUGCUGCCUCCUGAUUUCCCUCCAAAUCUCUCUCGCUUGUCUUUGAAAUACACAGAACUCGAGGAUGACCCAAUGCCAGUACUGGAGAAGUUGGGACAACUGUCGUUCCUCAAACUGGAAGAUGCAUGGGGGGAACCACACCGUAUGGUCAUUUCUAGGCAUGGGUUUCACCAAUUGAAAUUCCUUGUGCUCAAUGACCUAUAUGCUUUGUAUGAAAUGAAGGUGGACAAAGGUGCACUGCCACAGCUCCGCUGCCUGAGAAUCAAGGACUGCCGCAGAUUAAACAAGUUGCCGGAAGAGCUGAAGCACAUAUCUACUCUCGAUAGGCUUGAGCUUGUGGACAUGCCAGAAUAUUUCAUCAGCAGGCUUGAUGCGGACAUGGUAUCCAGUGUCCCUAACCUCAGAAUAUUUGACUUGCCGAAGGAAGGAAGGCGGUAUUUGUAA